UAAACAUUGUUCUCUGUCCUUGCUCACCCUGAAUAGUCCCAACGACCAGACAGACUUGUGCCAGCUUGGUACAGACAAGAGCGUUUUGUUUGGCAUAUCCACGCAGAUAAUGAAAACCUGAAAAUGCUAAUUGGCUUGAUCAAUAAUUGGUAGCACCAGAUCCUACUGUGCGCCUCUCUCUCUGACUCGGAAAAGUAAACCCCGACUGCAACAUGGUCCUUUCGAAAAUAGACAAGACCGCCUUGACCCCCUCUUAUAUACACAGCUAGCCCUCCCUCUACCCCUUCACUGUGCCCUGCGUCCUCGCUCCCUCUCUUCUCCCUUGCGCGGCGUGCAGAGACGUCACGUAAAUAGGUCUUGUACCACUCCAACGGGGCUACAGCAAGUUAACUAAAUUGGAAUACGUGGGGACCGUUCACGACCAAGGGGGGUUCUACACCUUCACACAAAACAGGGAAGGGGGUGACCGAGAAAGUCCCACAGACACACUCCAUAAGUCGGCGGCACUUGCUUCUUCUCCACCUUCUCGACCAGACAACAGUAAGAAAUCUUGGCCAAGGUCAAGAACCGCAGAAGAAUCAUGAAUGCAGCCAUGAGUCGUGGAUUUGUGCGCCAGAGUAAGUUCCGGCAUGUUUUCGGCCAGUCAGCCAAAGCGGAGGCGACCUACGAUGACAUCCGCGUUUCCAAGGUGACAUGGGACAGCUCCUUCUGUGCCGUCAACCCCAAAUUUGUGGCUAUCAUCGUGGAGUCCAGUGGAGGAGGUUCCUUCCUGGUUCUCCCCCUCUCCAAGGUUGGGCGUGUGGACAAGAGCAAUUCCAUGGUGAUCGGUCACUCGGGCCCCGUGCUGGACAUUGACUGGUGUCCUCACAAUGACAACAUAUUGGCCAGCGGCUCCGAAGACUGUACUGCUAUGGUCUGGCAGAUCCCGGACCACACCCCUUCGCGUCCCAUCUCGGAGCCCAUCGUGGUGCUGGAGGGCCACUCCAAACGCGUGGGCAUCGUCACCUGGCACCCCACUGCUCGCAACAUCCUCCUCACUGCUGGCAGUGAUAACCUGGUGAUCAUCUGGAACGUGGGCACGGGGGAGCCGCUGAUCUCCAUGGACGACCACCCGGACCUCAUCUACAACGUCAGCUGGAACCGCAACGGCAGCCUCUUCUGCACCACCUGCAAGGACCGCCGGCUGCGCGUCUGCGACCCGCGCAAGAGGGAGGUGGUGGCGGAGAGGUUGGCGCCGCACGAGGGCAUCCGACCCAUGCGUGCCAUCUUCACCAGGGAGGGCAACAUCUUCACCACGGGCUUCACCCGCAUGAGUCAGAGGGAGCUGGGCCUGUGGGACCCGACAAAUUUUGAGGAACCCAUUUCAGUUCUGGAGUUGGACACCAGCAACGGAGUAUUGUUGCCAUUCUAUGACCCAGAUACCAACAUCGUAUAUCUGUGUGGGAAGGGCGACAGUAGCAUUCGUUAUUUCGAGAUCACAGAUGAGUCUCCGUAUGUGCACUACCUCAGCACAUUCAGCAGCAAGGAGCCCCAGAGGGGUAUGGGCUUCAUGCCCAAGAGGGGCGUGGAUGUCAGCAAGUGUGAGAUCGCCAGGUUAUAUAAACUCCAUGAGAGAAAGUGUGAGCCCAUCAUGAUGACCGUUCCCAGAAAGUCUGACCUGUUCCAGGAUGACCUGUACCCAGACACGGCGGGCCCGGACCCAGCGGUGGAGCCAGAGGAGUGGAUGGAGGGGAAGGACGAGGACCCCAUCCUGGUGUCCAUGAGGGACGGCUACGUGCCCCCCAAGAGCAGGGAGCUCAAAGUCUGCAAAAAGAACGUUCUAGACUCCCGGCCAACGCCUCGUCGCAGCAUGUCCACCAUUGAAGGGGCCAACUUGCCGCCUCAGCUGUUGGAGAAGCUUGUGGAGGAGAUUCAGAGCCUCAGGGCCACAGUUCUCGAUCAGGAGAAACGAAUCUGUGACUUAGAGAAUAAGCUGUCACAGUACACCAAUGGCACAGAAUGAUGUCACCCCAGCUGAACCCCCCCCCCCCCCCCACCCCCCUGCCCCUCCUGACCCCCUCCCCCCUACACUUUCCUCACCCCCUAAACCAACCCCACGUAUAACCAUAUCACCAGUUUCCAAUUUGAGUAGAGAAAAUCACCGCCAAGUCACUACCAUUACGCAUUUCCAGCACUCCCUCUUUUGCACUAAAUAAACAACACCACGAAAUUAGGCAUAUUUGUAUUACACAGCUGUUUGGAAUCUUAGUCCAGUCACUGUUCCAACUCAGUUUCAACUCAGACUAAGUCCCCUUUGAGAAUACAGAAUUUAAGGGGAAAAAAAGUGGACAGAAGGGUUAGUGCCCACACUGUAAGCUAAGUCAGCUCACUGAGCAGUUCUCUGAAUACACUCGAAGGUCCAGUGUGUACAUUUCUAGUGGUUUAUUUUCUAGAAUGAUCACUGCCCAUUCACAAAUGUCUGUAUUUUUUCAUGAAUAUUUACUACCACUAUGAAGUAUUCAUUACUGCCCCAUGAAGGCAAAGUGCAGUAACUACAAAGUUUGUCUGAUUGUGUUAGACUGAAAAUGGUCUUCACAACAACUCUGUUAUCUUGUGACAGCCUUAUGCUCCAAAUGUGUCCCGUUUUGGAGAUAUUGCUAUGUCAAGUUUGUAGUACGGUAUCUGCAAUAUCCAAUCUAAUACCAAGGCUUUGAAGGCCAUUUUCUCCGUUUCAAUUUUGGUGUAAUUACUGCACUUUUGUCUUUGUGGGCCAGUAUACCAUUAUUGGGGGGAAAAGUAUUGGAAUGACAUACUGGACCUUUAAUCAUAAUCUUCAAGCUUAUCAUCGUCUUGGCCUGAGCUUGGCAGGCUCUUUCUUUUGCACAUUAAAUAAUUGUAAUGUAUACAUAUCUGCUUUUGAGACACAGUGAGCUUUAAAGGAACAUUGGUCAAUGACUAGGAGCACAAGACUAAACCAAAUGAUGAGUGGAAUGUUUUGGGAAUUGAUAGUGAAUGGCAGCAUGGCAUAGCGCCUAGGUAAAACAGUCAUCACUAGACGGUAUCAGUAUGUUCUGAUGAAUGGAAUGGAAUGGACACGACAUAUGGACAUAUAGUGUACAUAUGGGAGGAAACGCUCUUCAGCUAGUUUUCACAUAUGGCCACACAUGGACUAGCUGUUCGUUUAAGUCCACUGGCCUGUGUCUGAUAAUAUCAAGACUUUUGCCAAGUAACGGAAAAGUAGCUGUUGUUACUGUGCUCUCACACAACAGUGGUAUUAAGUACUGGCAGCAUUACAACUGUUGGCUGUUAGUUUGGCUUUAUCUUGAUCAAUCUGAACAGCGCCUCCACAGCUAUACGUCCACUACCACAGCCAUGAACAGACUCCUCCUCAUGGCCAGAUGCUGAAAAUCUGGUGUGAGGUGUCUGGGCCUCAAGUGUGUGGUUGACAGAGAAGAAGAACAUCUCAGUCCUUUCCGAGUGCUUUCAAGAGAACAAGUGGAGAAGCUAUUGCCCUCAGGUGUGCAGCUAAGGAGUCGAACGAGGAAAAUGAUGAGCCAGAGUCAAACAUGCAUUUGAAGGACUUGAAGGAGAUUUAGACAAACUGUUGCACCACUGAUUCCAAUGAAGUGCGGAGCACUGCUCUGCCAACAUUCGAUUCCACUGUUUACAAUACAACCCUGCACACCGGUGCCGAUGUCCACGGAUGUUGACUGCCAAAUAGGGGAGCUCUAUUGUUAUCGGAGCCACCCAUUGGUUGAUCCGUGCUCUGCUGUGAUGAAACCGAUUCAUUGUGUGUAGCACGUCUGCGCUAGUGUGUGGGGGUAAUCGAAAUGGUCAGAACCAAUAGUGCUCUAUAGUACUGUCGGAAUCGAUGUGCGGAGGUCCUAACAUUGUAAUGUGCAAUGGCAUAUUGUGAUGUAUUCAAAACAUAAUGUCUAGAUUCUUCAUGUAUGUAUUUGUUUCCAGGUAUCUGGAAUGGGUUGGUCUUGUAAGGGUGUGUUGAAGCAAGUGUAACUGAAAAGUGAAUCUGAAUGGACUCUUUUUUUGGUUUAUUUUGUUGUUUUAUUUAAUUUCAAGUUUUAUUUUAACACUCCCUUUUGAUAAUCCGUUAAAACUGUUUCCAUCUGUGUAUCCUUUGUUUACUUUUGGUAAGGAAUUAUUGAAAGGCAAUAAUGAAAGACCACUUUUCAUGACUUUGAAUAAAAGUGCCUACACUCCGGCUGCAACCAAAAUCUUACUUUGCAAACUUAACAACCUUUUUGUUCACAAUUUCUGCAAAUUUGAAAUGAUACAAGGCCAUGUAUCCAGCCACCCGACCUUAUCCGUGCCUGGUCUUGUGAUGCCUUUCAACAUGUAAAUAUAUACCUACUGAAGAAAAGAAAAUUUGGAAAAAAAUGAAAAAUUCUAAAAUACCAAAGACAAAUAUUGAGAGAAAUAUUUUGUGUGUUCUGUUGAUGUUACUAUCUGAUGGCAUCAAUAAAACAUCCUUUUUUAAUAAAAAAUGUCUCUAAUCCCCUUUGUCUGACCACUGUGAAUGCUUGUACUGUAC